CCAGAGGUGGAAGUAAACAAUUACAGUACUAGUACAACAAAACCAGACGUGGUCCUUUCCAGAUCGAAUCAAAGCUGUCCGAUCUCCCGUGCUUUCCCCAAAACCAGUCCGUACUCCGAUUUGAUUCCUCAGUCCAUGGCCAAAUCCAAUACGUGAUCCAACGCCCUAAGGUCUUGCAAUGCGGAGGUCGCCGGCUGAAGAAGAGUUUUUGUUCAGAGUGGCCCGGUGCCUGGAUUGCUUUCUUCAGCUUCUUCGCCGGCCGGAAUGACGCGAUCGUCAAGACCAAAUCACGGGGUCGGACUGGAUGAGCCUGGAUUAGGCAAAUCUGGAAUAGUUCUGCUGCUACCUUUGGUUGGAGAGCAUUGGCACUUUGGUGGCUUUCACGGGGUCGGACUCGGACUUGAACAAAUCGGGGUGUGAAACUGGAACAAACUCUAACCUACCAUUGGCCUUGGGCCCUGGCUAUAUAUAUCUUCCCUUGUUGGUAGCCGAGGUAGAAGCAAAGCAUCGACUAUCGAGACCCCUACCUACCUGUCAUGGAUCCGGCGGGUCUGCUACCCGGCGACGUGCUCGCGGACGUCCUCCGGCGCCUGAUGCCGCGCAGCCUCGCCGCCUGCCGCUCCGUCUGCAAGGAGUGGUGCGCCGCCGUCGACGCCCACGGCCUGCUGCGCAAGGACCUCCUGCCGCUCUCCCUGGCCGGCAUCUUCGCCGUCUACAACUUCGUUGACGGCUAUCACCUUCCCCCGGCGUUCCUCUCGCGCCCCUCUGUCGCGGGCAAGAUCCAAGGUAACCUCAGCUACCUCGACGACGUCCACGAUGAGUGGUCCCACAUUAUGGGUCACUGCAACGGCCUCCUCCUCCUCUGGGGAGGCGUGGCCAAUCCGGCCACGCGGCAGUGGGCGUGUUUACCGCGUCAUCCUGAUCGGACAGCGACCAAAGGCUUCAUCAAACGCGACUUCCUCGCGUACGAUCCUAUGGUCUCGCCACACUUUGAGGUGUUCUUCAUGCAGUGUGUUCGCCGUCGGUCCAAGAACGAGGUCGCAUUGGACCUUGCAAACCCAAACUCAGAGUGGCCCCCAUCGCCCUACACCAUAAGCGCAUUCUCGUCAGAGACAUGGCUGUGGGAGGAGAGAUCUUUUAUUAGAGAAGGGAUGGCUCCACGGUCCAUCGACCCCAAGCUACUACCACUCAUGAAAAACGUGUUGUUCCCUCGUGAUGCUGUGUAUUGGCGGGGCCGGCUCUAUGUGUACAACAUAUUUUUUGUUAUCAGAUUGGAUUUAGGGGAUAAUAAGUACCGAGUAAUUGAACUCCCCCCGAUUAGUGAAGCACGCGGAGAUAUUAUGCCUCAUUUGGGAAAAUCCGGGAAUGGCGUUUACUAUGGAUUCGUCGGUGAUUGCUGCAAACUUCAGAUUUGGUUUCUUAAUGAAUCAAUUGAUCACACCGAAUGGAUGUUGAAGCAUGAGAUUGGCCUCAAGCCGUUGCUAGAAAAUUUUCCUUGGGAACACAGUCAUGGCUCUUGGUUCGUGCAAGGUUUGAGGGAUAACAAUGAUGAAACACUUGACAGAGAGAAACUGGAAUGGGAUUCAGACAACGAUGAUGCCACUACUGCUUCUGCCACUGAAGUUAGUGUUCAGAAAAAGUUCCAUAAAUACAUUUCAAGGAUACUUGGAUUUCAUCCUUACAAGGAGAUUAUCUUUUUGCACAUAUCGGAUACAAGAGUAGUGGCCUACCAUCUUAAGAACUCCAAGGUUGAGGAUUUGGGGUGCUUACCCGUAGAUGGUGAUGAUUGGAUACAAUCGUCCUGUGUAUACACGCCUUGCUGGAUAGAGAGCUGCUUGAGAGCAAAUAAUGUAGAACCCAAUAGUGAGCUCUAGAAUGUAUUGCUUGAAACAAGUUAUCUAUUUACGUUGAAUUGUCACCGUCCAUUUACGUUGGACUGCUUUAACUUUCCACAUGGGCGCAUAUUAAAAGAUAAUUUCUACGAGUGGCUACUUCUAAUGAGUCAUACUAGCAAAAGGGCCCGUGCGUUGCAACGAGAGAGAAAAUAGGUGUGUUCAUCAAAACAUCUGUCACAUGGUAAGAUAGCAUGGAACGGAGCCACCAGAGGGAGCCUCACGCGGAGGUGUAGAAGAAAUGUAUAUCAGCUGCGCAUUAAUCACAAAACCAGCCUUAGCAACGAUGCAAAGAAAGCUUACUUCUCCAAAAUGUUGAAAUCUACGCUUAAUUUUUUUAGGGGACAAAUCUACCGAUUGACCUUGCAACGAUAUGCUUUUGACUUUACAUUGAUGCCAGUCAUCCUUGUAGCGUUCAUGUGGUCGGCUUUGCAACAUCGUCCUCUAACUUGAAAUACCAUCGACCAUACUUGCAGCAUAUGCAUAGUCGGUUGCACCAUGGCAUUCCAACUUUUCCAGUAAAAAAGAAUAGUGGCAACUGGUGUUGCAUUGGCAUGCUUAUGCUAGAUGCAUA